UUUUUCCCCAGCUUUUCCGCAGCAGCUGUUUUCCGGAGCCUGCGCUCUGAACUUUGGGGUUGAUUGGAGUUUGGGAGUCGCAAAGAGGAAGAUAUUAAAAAAAGCUGUUUGUAUUGUCAUCGCGUGCAAUUUUUUACACUUUUUAAAAGAAAGUUAAACAAAGUGCGGUUUGAAAAUGGAGGACAGCGGCAUCGACAGCGAGGACAGGCAGUCCAACAUUUACGAGGACGGGGCAGCUGGCCUGCUGAAAACGGCCAGCGGAGCACCCAAACACAUUUCGGAUCUGGAGUUUGAGGUGGCAUUCCGGGGGGCUGGGAAGGUUUAUGCCCCCACGACCAUAGAAAUCGAUGAAGAGGAGGCGACCGGCGGUCGAGGACAUGAGCCACCCAACACCUGCCGCAUACUGCAGCGCAAACUGGAGCUGAAGGUCGAGCGUGCCAGGAGGAAUUACACCCAGUUUCAGGAGGAGCAGUCGACCAAGACACAAUCGUCCACUUUGAUACCGAUCAACCGACUUCCCAUUCCGGGCGAGCCCGAACACAAACCCCUCGUGGAUUACAAGUCUGAGAGCAGCGAUGAGGCCGAGGAAAUAUCCUUCUUUCCCGCCCAACUGAAGCGGUCCAAACGCCGCCAGCAGAACCACGAACUGACUGACACCUUCAGCAUACAGGAGAUGACCAUCGAGUCGGACCUGGAGUCGGACGACAGCGGUGGCACCCAGAACCUGGAGCUCCUGCUGCCCUCCAUGAAGUCGACCAUUCUGGACAAGUUCAAGGGCUGCUUCGGGUGCUGGCGGCGCAGGUAAUGCCGGGCGGAGGAGCGGAGGUAUAUCAGCAGACGGUUCAGGCACAAAUCACGUUAUUGACAGGCACUAGCAACCUACGUACUAAUAUUAAACUCCAUUGCCACUACAGAGCUGUAAACAUAGAUUUAUUUGGCUUAGAAAAAUCCAUUCGAUAAAUAUUAAUCAAUACUAAAAUAAA